CCAAAACAUUCUAUGAUUCUAUGAUUCUAUGUGGUGGGCAACCGCAGGGCACGGGGAACCUUUAAGCCUGGUUAGCUGGUCCGUAGCAUUUUCUCUCUUUGUAGCACUGCAGUUGCGGCUGGAUGCCACCUGACCGUGCUCCUCCAAGCACCGUGGGCUCCGCAGGUAGCUCAGGGCCGCUCUAACGUCUCCAUCUCCCCGCAGCUACCGGGCUGAUGAUCGGCUGCCUGAUCUACCCCGACGGCUGGGACUCGAGCGAGGUGAAGCGCAUGUGCGGGGACAAGACGGACAAGUACACGCUGGGCGCCUGCACCGUGCGCUGGGCAUACAUCCUCUGCAUCAUCGGCAUCCUCGACGCUCUCAUACUCUCCUUCCUGGCCUUUGUGUUGGGGAACCGGCAGGACAACCUCCUCCCGUCUGAUUUUAAAGUGGAAAAUAAAGAAGAGGGUGACUGACAGAGCUAGCAGCAGGGACACCUGGACC